CAAUACGCAGUACGGCAAAAUCUGGCAUGUUUACUAAAUUCUCUGCACAACACACGGACGGCGAGUACAAUUCAUCGAGCGUUUUUCUGUGGUAGAUAAUUCCAACAUCUUCCUAUGUGAUUCCAAGGUGCUGCGGGAGCGUCUGUAACCAGUUGUAACAUACCAUAAAAUGGAACGUAACUAUCGAGAGGACCAAUGUAAUGAAAUCGAAGCUCUAGACUCGAUCUACUGCGGGGAACUGGAAGUGCUGGCUACGGAGCCGCUGCAUCGAUUCAAACUGCCAAUUGCUACGACCGAGUACGACCCAGAGGUGGAAACCGAAGGCCUAUCCUGCAAGCUUGUGUUUCAUUACACAGAAAAAUAUCCAGAUACGGCUCCACUGGUAGAAAUAGAAGAUCCAGAAAACUUCCGCGAUGGUUUCGAGAAAGGCCUUUUGGAGCACAUUCAACAAACGAUUGAAGAGAGCAUCGGACUAGAAAUGGUAUUUUCGCUGGUGAGUUCCGCCCAGGAAUGGCUCAACUGUAAAUACGAUGAGCUUAAAAAUGAAGCGGAAAAUGAGAAAGCAGAGGCGAAGCGACGCAUAGACGAAGAGGAACGGAAAAAGUUCGAAGGUACACGAGUCACGGUCGAGUCGUUCAUGGCCUGGAAAACUAAGUUUGAGUUUGAGCUGGGAAUAACGGAACGAAAGGAAAAGGUUCUUGCCGAAAACCGAAAGUUAACCGGCAAGGAAUUAUUCCUGACUGAUAACACGCUGAACGAAUCGGAUCUGAAAUUCCUGAUGGAUGCCGGAGAACCGAUUGAGAACGUGCGAAUCGACGAGUCGCUGUUUCAGAAUAUUGGCGAUCUGGAACUGGACUCGGAGGAUGAUGAUGAUGAUGAAGAUUACGUACCGGAGGGUAAAUAAAUGUUUGCAAAUGUUGCUGUUUUUUACAUAUUUACUUGUUUAGGAUCUAGCAAUAUACGAAAGCUUAUUUAACUAAUUGAA